CACGGACAUGAGCAUGCUCAUCAUGAGAAUGUUGUUCGAGUACACAAGGAGGGAGGUGGACACGAGCACUCACACGGAGGGGAGAGGACGAAGAGGGAGGCGGGCAAAGAGAAGAGGAACAUGGUGGAGCUCUGGACACAGGCUGUCGGAGCCACCCUGCUCAUUAGUGCAGCUCCCUUCCUCAUCCUGUUUCUGAUCCCAGUUCAGUCCAACAGCGACCAGCACCAGAAUCUGCUCAAAGUGCUGCUGAGCUUCGCAUCUGGUGGAUUGCUGGGUGACGCCUUCCUCCACCUCAUACCACAUGCUCUGGAGCCCCACUCACAUCACGGAGAUGGGGAUCAUGGACACUCGCAUGCAACUGAAGAGUCGCAUGACCACGGCCACUCUCACGGAGCGGCCCACGGUCAUAUGAUGUCUGUGGGUCUUUGGGUUCUCGGUGGGAUCAUCGCUUUCCUAGUGGUGGAAAAAUUUGUGCGUCUGCUGAAGGGAGGACAUGGCCACGGACACUCCCAUGGACACUCUCACGUUGCUGCCAAAGAGAAGGACAGUGAUGGAGAGGAGGAAAAAGAAAAGAAGAAGGAGAAGAAAGAAAGCAAAGAUCAGAAACCAUCAAAGAAAGAGGAGAAAAAGAGUACAGAUAUCAAGGUGUCUGGUUACCUAAACCUGGCAGCUGACUUCACACAUAAUUUCACUGAUGGUUUGGCAAUUGGAGCUUCAUUCCUGGUUGGUCCAGCUGUGGGCACCGUCACCACCAUCACCAUCCUGCUUCAUGAGGUCCCACAUGAGAUCGGAGACUUUGCCAUCCUCGUCCAGUCUGGCUGCACCAAGAGGAAGGUAACCACCAAAUAUGAAAAAGCUGCAAAAAGUCUUAAAGUCGUUGACACAAAACUGACAGCUGGAAGAAAUAACAUGAGUGGAAGGAUUUUUGAGAAAGGGAAGGACGUGGAUGUGGACUCUUUCUGUACAACGGCUCAGUAUCAACUUAACAUCUUCACUACAUCGACCAUCCGGCCGCCAUCUAACUACAUGCUGAGCUGA